CCGCAGUCGCCUCGUAAAAGAUAACAAACCACCGAUAGAAUUCACACGGUGUCUACUUUCUAGGGGAAGAGCAACAUCGCUUCCGUAAGAUCGAACAGCCACAUCUUGCUUUUCGUACUUCUCAUUGUGUAAACACUGCAGCAUUGCGGUAAAAACAAUCCCAGUUUCACCAUGUCAGUUGUCAAGUUUCUAACGAAUCUAGUUUUAUUGAUAUACUACAUUUUAGAAUCGGUGGUUCUAACAUUCGUUCCGCGAAGUCUCCGAUACAAAGAUAUUAAGGGACAAACCGUUUUGAUCACAGGUGGUGGGAGCGGGAUCGGCCGGCUGUUGGCAAUCCGUUUCGCGAAGCGUGGGGCCCGGAUUGUGGUGUGGGAUCUGAACCUGAACGGGGCCCAGGAGACCGCGAAGCUGGUGAAGGAUCAGGGAGGGGAGGCGUUCGCCUUCCACUGCGAUGUGUCUCAGCCCCAAGCCGUGUACGAUGCGGCGGCGAAAGUCAAACAGGAAGUUGGGAAAGUGGAUAUCCUGGUAAACAAUGCGGGCAUUGUCACUGGGAAAAGGUUCUUAGAGUGUCCUGAUGAAAAAAUCAAGAAGACAUUCGAGGUCAAUGCUUUGGCACAUUUUUGGACAUGCAAGGCCUUCCUGCCUGAUAUGAUGGCCGCAAACAUGGGCCACAUCGUGUCCAUCGCCAGCUUGGCUGGUCAUACCGGUGCGGUCAGACUGACCGAUUAUUGCGCCAGCAAGUUCGCCGCUGUGGGAUUCGAGGAAUCCCUGAGGCUAGAAUUGCACGUGGAAGGAUAUAAUGGCAUCAAAUCUUCUGUAGUGUGUCCUUACUUCAUCAAUACUGGAAUGUUCGAUGGCGUCGAAGCAGGAUUAUUCGCCAUGCUGACGCCAGAAUAUGUUGCUGAUCAAAUAGUUUCUGCCGUUUUAGCAAAUCAAGAAGUUAUUAUAAUACCUGGGUAUUUUUCAGUGCUUGUAGCCUUGAAAGCGAUGCUCCCUUCCAAACUAAUAUAUAUCAUGAACUCACUCUUUUCACUGGAAAGUGCCAUGGAUGGUUUUACAGGAAGGCAGAAACAAGACUGAACGUAUUUUUCAUAAUAUGGAGGAGAUUCAACUGUGUUUCGGACAUUUCUCCUAGUUUUGAAUGUAAAAGAAACUGGAAGAUUUAUAUAUUGAAAAUAUUUUCUUAAUCGAAAUCUUUCUGUAUUGUAAAAUAUAUUUCAUAUGGUUUGUCAUAUAUUACUUUUCUGAAUAUGAGGUAGAGUUGUAAAGUACAUUUUAUUAAUUUUAAUUGACAAGUGUCUUUACAUAUUUACAGUUAUUUUUUCCACGUGAAAAUUUUCUGUUUCUGUCUGUGAAUUGUUAUUAGGUUUAAGAUACUGAGGUACACUUAGUUAAUAUAAAGUAAUUGAAUUUAUAUUCUGAUUAUUAUCUAUAAUUUUAGCCAAAUCACAGCAAUACCUAAACCUACCUUUACCAAUUUUGUAUUUUUUAAAUAUAAAAUAUGUAAAAAAUAUAGCCUGUAACCAGUUAACAGUUUAGAUCUCUUCAGAAAAUGUGUACCUAAAUUGUCGUAAACACACACACACACACACACACACACACACACACACACACACACACACAUGUAUAUAUAAUAAAUAAAUAAUUAUGAAUAUAAAAAUUAAACAAUUAUUAUUAUGACAUGAUUAUUAAUAUGAUAUAAAAUCUUAUUUUAAUGAACAUUUUAAAUAUGAUUUUAUUCCUUUCGAAUGUUUAUCAAGUUUUUCAAAACAUUUUUAUGACUGUCGAGCAUUUAAAAAAUGCUAACAAAAUGUAAAUAAUCGUUUUCUAUUUUUAUAUUUAAUUCGUCACUUGAGAAGUACAAGUUAUUUUCUCCUAGGAAAAUAUUUUAUUUUAUUCUUAUUUUGAAUUUAGGAAUUAAGAAGAUGAAUGUUUAUGAAUUUGAAUGUUGUAGAUUUAUUUUAUAUUUAAAUGUUUAUCAAACAUUCGUAUUCAGAUUUUGAAUUUGUUUAAUAGAUUUCUUAAUAACUUUUUUGUAUUCUUAUAGAAUUUAUCUAUAAAAUAAGACGAAAAUUGUGUUGUUUUCAUGUAAAUAUUUUUUUAAACGUUUAAUAAGGGUAAAUACUAUUUCAGUUUUUUUAUAUACUUUUCUAGUAUAUAUUUUAAUUGUAUAAGUUCAUUAGUGCCAAAAUGUGCAAAUGUCAUGCUGUGAAAUCUAUGUUUAGCUUUUUUACAUUUUCUUAAUAUGAGUAUAAACCAAAGAUUUAUUUCUAUUAUGAUUUAAAUCUAGUCAUAUAAUUCAGAUUUAUUGUGUGCUUUCUUUAGAUAAUUUUGAUUGUUUAAAAUGUGUGUUCCUAAGGUUAUAAAAAGUUUAUUUUGAUGCAAAUUGGAUUAUUUGAAAUUUAUUAGCCUAUUUCUUACACUUAUGUUUGUAAUGAAAUUUUAGUAGGUAAUUUUUAAAAGUAUUUAUAUGGCAAAUAGGUUAAUUUAAUUUAAUUAAUUAAAAGUAUUUAUAUGGCAAAUAGGUUAAUAUUUUUCAAAAUUGACUAAUUUAGUUGAAUUCCCGCCAAUUUAGGCAUAUCAGUCUAUUCUAAAUCCACUCUUUACAGAAAAAACUUAUUUAUUCCUAAAAAAUCGUUUUCAAAUAUUAAAAAUUUUACGCUUGAAAAUCAUGAAGUUUUUUUUUUCUAUGAAUCAUGUUAUCAAAUUAAAAAAUUAUUGCUCAUUGAAAAUUAAAAUCUAAAUAAUUUUCGAAAAUUAGAUUUUUUUUAUGGGCUUAUUUAAAGAAUUUUGCAUUUGUCAGUUAAUUUUUUUAAAAUCCAUCUAAUCACCAUCCAUAUUUUAUAUAUAUUUUUUAUAUAUAUAUUCCGAACAACUUCUUUAAUGUAACAAAUUAAAUUAACCAUUUAAGAAACCGAUUUUUAUUUCAUUAUGGCUAGAACUCGAUUUAAUUGGAUUAAUCCCAUUAAAGGAUUAAAAAUAAAACAAUCGUGAAAAAUUUGGGUAUUCUUAUCUAUUACAGUUUUAUAUGGAAUUAAACUUCCACAAAAAUUCCAUGGAACAUAUGUUAUGACAGUUUGUACAAAUAUUUUUGUUUAUUUCAUGUUUAAUUUGAUGUUUUUUUCCAGCACAUCAAAGAUCAUUUACUCUUAAUAGAUGCCGAUAUAGAAUUUAGUCAUAUUUUUAUCAUUUAGUCUUAAAGAAAAAAAUAAUUUUUGUUGAUGUUGUUGUAGUUUUAUAUUGUAUUACAAAUUAUAAGCUAGUCUGUUUGUUGUAUGUCAUGUCGGAAAAACUUAUAUUGAACAGAUUUUCAUCAGGGUAAAUGUUUUAAAAUAUUUAAUUAUUACUUUAGCACUGCUUAAAGCUGCACUAACUAUUCCUACUUAUAUUUUCUCUUAUCUGUUUUAAAUUAAUGUUUUUUUUUUAAUUUUUUGUCUUUGAAUUGUUUUUUCGAUAAUGAUUAUCCAAUAAUAAUGUGAUGUUAUUGUAUGUUGCUGUAAUAAAUUAAUUUUCAUGACCAAAGAAAAUUGCUAUU